CCAUGGCUGCUGGCACUGGAGCGGCGGCGGCGGCGGCCGCGCAGCUUCCGAGGCGUGGCCACGCCGUCCGGCUGCUGGCCGCGCCAGAACGAGGCAAGCGCCAGGGGCCCUCGGGAGGCGGCCGCGGCAGGGCCGCCGGGGGGCGCGGCGGACCUCCGCGGCGGCCCGGCAAGGCGUGGGAGGGGGUGCCCAUUAUGGAGCCGGAGAAGUUCCCGAAGGACGACCAGGUGCAGUUACCACCCGCGCUCCGCCCGCAGCAGGCGCCGCGGCAGGCGCGUGCAGCAGGCCCUGCGCCGGCUCUGCGGGGCCAGCCCCGCGCAGCGGGCCCUGCGCCAGCAGUGCAGACCCAGCCCCGCCAGGAAGCCUCGCGGGCCAGCCCGUGGCUGGGCACGGCUGGCGCCAAGGCAACGGAGGCGGCGGUGCUGGCGGGCAUGCCGAAGCUGAACCUCUACGAGCUCAGCCAGGAGGAGAGCUGGAGGCCUGGGUCGUGGACGAGCGCGGGCGCCCGCGUUUCUGGGCGGAGGCGCUGUGGAAGUGGCUCUACAAGAAGGGCGCCCAGUCCUUCGAGGAGAUGCGGGGCCGGGGCGUCCCGAGGACGUUUACGGACGAGCUGGACAGGGUCGCCUGCAUCGGCGCGCCCGAUUGGACCGUGCUGGCCGAGAGGCGGUCCAAGGACGGGACAGUCAAGCGCGCCUACGGCGUCCCAGGAGGCCACGCCAUCGAGUCGGUGCUGAUGCUCUACGACGACGGCCGCCGGACGGCCUGCAUCUCCUCCCAAGUCGGUUGCGCGAUGGGGUGCGUGUUCUGCGCCACUGGCCAGAUGGGCUUCAAGCGGCACCUCUCCGCCACGGAGAUCUUCGAGCAGGCCGCGCGCUACUCGGCGCUCCUGCAGCGGGACGGGCAGCGCCUCUCCUCGGUGGUGCUGCUUGGGAUGGGGGAGCCGCUGGCGAACUACGACAACGUCGUCGCCGCGAUGCGGAGGGUGCACGACCAGCUGGGCGUGGGGUGGAGGCGCAUCACCAUCAGCACGGUGGGCCUCGCGCCCCAGAUCGUGCGGCUGGCGGACGAGGGGAUGCCGGUCACCCUGGCGAUAUCCUUGCACGCCGCCACGGACGAGGAGCGGUCCGCGCUGCUGCCGGCCAACAAGCAGUACGACAUCGCCACCGUGAUGGAGGCGGCGCGCUACUACAGGGCCACCACGGGCAGGAGGGUGAGCUUCGAGUGGACGCUCAUCGAGGGCACCAACGAUGACGAGGCGACCGCGGACCGGCUGGGGAGGCUGCUGGCGGAGAAGGCGCCCAGCGGCUCGCAUCUGAACUUGAUCCCCUUGAACCCGACCAAGGGCUUCGAGGACGGCCGCGCCACGCAGUUCCAGGCCAGCCGCCGCUUCGUCGACGUCGUCGCGAGGUACGGUGUGGAGGCAACAGUACGCGUCCGCCGCGGCAUCGACAUCGACGCGGGCUGCGGGCAGCUGGCGGAGCGGGCCGCGGAGGAGUACGCCGCGACCGCCGCCGAGGCCCUCACGGGCGCGGGCGGCGAGGCGCUCGCCGCCGUGGCCGAGCCCCUGCUGCUGGUCAGGCUGGACCCCGCUGCUCCGCGGCCCCGCCGCGCAAGGGAGCUGAUUGGGAGAGUCAUGGCGCUGCAGCAGUACGAGAAGAUCGUCAGCGAAGCGGCAGCUGCAGCGGAGGGGCACAUGUGCUACCCGGUGGAGUGGUUCAAAGAGGACCUCCCCUUGGAGAACAGGGCAGGCGACGGGCUGGACAGGAUCCUCGAGGCCUGGUACAACGAGGACAUCCAGGUGCCGAAGACGCUCGAGGCUCUCGUGAAGCCCAGCUCCGCGCAGCAGGCGCGGUUCCCUGACCCGCCUCACCCGCCCAGGGAGAGCGUCCUCGUCUUCGCCGACAGCAGGGGCUGCACCAAGAGGAUCCUGGCAGCAGCCCCCGACGGGCGGAUCGGGACGAGGAGGGUGGUGGAGAGGCAGGUGUGGGAGUCCAUGACGGAGAGUGAGCUCCACGGCUUGAUCAAUGGUCAGGCAGACAAGUGGGACAUGGUGGUCUUCGGUGCCAGCCUGGAGCCCCCACCCAGCAGCCACGUCCAGAACGUCAUAGAUCAUCAGAGCGUGAUCACCCACCUCUACCUCCUCUUGAUCAGGGCCGUUGAGAAGACCGAGAAGGUCAAGAGGGUUGCGAUACUCACCGCCGGAGCGUUCUCCGACAGUCCUGUAGAUCACAAGCAGUAUGGUCUGGGCAUGAUAACAUCGUCGAUCCUGUUUGGCAUGACGAAUAGUGUGCGGAUAGAGCUCGAGGAGACCACGUUGCAUUUCGUCGAUGCAGAGCCGUCGCUUGCAACGACUCCAGAGAAUGAUAAGUAUAAGUUGUUUCCACGUUUGGCCACAGAGCUUUUCCGUCUUCAGACGUUUGGCCACGACACGGUGCGGAUCUUGAAUAAGGGGCGAUUCGUAUUGCGUCAGCUGGCAAGCACGGCGUACGAGAAAGCUGAGUGCGAUUUCAUCGUUCCCAAGGAAGGCAUCAUAGCAAUUACUGGCGGCAACGGGGCCCUCGGUCUUGUCAUGGGCGAGUGGUUGAUGAAGAAGUGCAAGGAGCAAGGUGUAGGCAAGGGACUUGCAAUCCAGUUCCUCUCCCGCUCUGCGAAGAUCGCUGACACGAACUUGCCCCGGUGGGAUCUGAUCCAAGAACAGGCGGCCAUCCUGGGAGUUGACGUUGUCCAGGCCAAAGGUGAUUUUAGUUCUCAGGAAGCCGUGGAUAGGUACAUGCAGUCGAUCGGCCCCAAUCUCGCGGGCAUAAUCCAUUCUGCUGGCGUACUGGCGGAUUCCAUGAUCGCGAACCUCACGUGGGAGAAAUGCGAGACCGUGUUUGAUCCGAAGCACCGUGCCGCUCUGUAUUGGCACAGUGCCCUGGAGCGGUUCCAGAACAAGCUGUCAUUCUUCUGGAUGUUCUCAUCGAUCGCAGUGUGGGGUGCCAUGGGCCAGACCAACUACUCUGGAUCCAACGCAUUCUUGAACGCCUUGUGCCAGCACCGAGUUGCAAUGGGAAAGCCUGCGACGGCGAUCCAGUGGGGCGCCUGGGGAGAGGUGGGCAUGGCGUCGACCAUGACCGAUUCCAUGCGGGCCCGCAUGGCGGCCAGUCCAGCGCCAUACUUCUCCAACGCGGAGGGCAUUCGGGGGCUCGAGAUGGGGUUGAGGACUGGGCUGCCGGUCUUCUCCGUGUUCAAGUGGAACCCCUCGGUGAUGGCGGCUGCGGUCUCCGUGGGCAUCCCGGGCAGGGCGAAGGACCACUACGCGCGAAAUUUCACCUCGGAGAUCUUCCCGCCCCCUCUCGUGGACAGCCUCGAGAGGGAGCACAUGCUCACGGCACUCCGGGCGGCCUUCGGACUCCAGCAUUCCAAGAUCUCUGGGAUCGAGCGGCUCCACUACGACCACUUCACGAGGCCCAGCAUGGGCAGGUACGAGGAGGAGUGGGGCGAGGACUUCCGGAAGUGGGCGCCGCUCAAGGCGUGAGCGAGCUCCUCGCGGCGAUGAGGCGCCCUGAGCUUCUGCGACCGCGCGCGCGCGCGGGCGUUGGCUUCAGAGCUCCAGCCGCAUCGGCCGAGGCGGCCUGGCCGCCGCGCCACGCGCCGCCGAAGGAUAUAUAAGAGCCACUGCAGGCCAGGCAGGGGGCGGCGAGCAGGAGGGGAGAGGGGAAGAGCAAAAGUGGCCCAUCGCUCCCGUCGCCUGGCAGCGCAACGUGCCGGCGGGUUCAGCUGACUUCCGCGAGGCAGAUUGCAAAAAUAAGUCCGAACAUCAUGAUCACCAAGAAGAGAGGGGAACGGGUCCUGGAGAGCUUGUUUCCCUUCUCGGCCUCCAGGGCCGUCCCUUGGACCCCCCGGG